CCGCCAUGUUGGAUUGGUUGCAUCAGGAUGAAGUAAUAAGCUAGCUCAGCGCUUUGAGGAAGACACACUACCAUCUUAAAAAUGAUCCUCUGACCUCAAGAAAAGAAAUAUUUAAAGGUGAGGCUGUGACCUUACAUAUUGGGACCAUGUUAGCUCGUCUGUUCCGGCUCCAUGGCCUAUUUGUGGCCUCCCACCCAUGGGAGGUAAUAGUGGGCACCCUGGCUAUCACAGUCUGCCUCAUUUCUAUGAACAGCCUGGCAUCCAGCAGCCAGAUGUGCAGUUGGAAUGAGUGCCCUAAAAUCGAGGAGAAAGUCCACAGCAGCGACAUAAUCAUCUUAACAAUUACACGCUGCAUGGCCAUUGUUUACAUCUAUUUCCAGUUUAAGAACCUGCGACAGUUGGGAUCUAAAUAUAUACUAGGUAUUGCGGGGUUAUUUACGGUGUUUUCCAGCUUUGUUUUCAGUACAGUGGUAAUACAUUUCUUUGGAAAAGAACUGACAGGGCUGAAUGAAGCGCUGCCUUUCUUCCUCCUCCUCAUUGACCUGUCUAAAGCAUGCACACUGGCCAAAUUUGCCCUCAGCUCAAACUCUCAGGAGGAGGUCAGGGAGAACAUCUCCCAGGGGAUGGCCAUCCUGGGGCCCACCUUCACCCUGGAUGCUCUGGUAGAGUGUCUGGUUAUUGGGAUUGGCACCAUGUCAGGUGUGCCUCAGUUGGAGAUAAUGUGCUGUUUUGGCUGUAUGUCAGUUCUGGCGAAUUACUUUGUAUUCAUGACUUUCUUCCCCGCCUGCGUCUCCCUUGUCUUGGAGUUGUCCCGGGAAAGUCGUGAGGGCCGUCCAAUCUGGCAGUUGAGCCAGUUCGCCUGCGUGCUGGCUGAAGAAGAGGACAACAAGCCCAAUCCUGUAACACAGAGAGUUAAAAUCAUCAUGUCUCUGGGUUUGGCGUUGGUUCAUGCUCACACACGUUUGGCAGCUGAGAAUCCUGGUCACAACCGCACGGUGGAGGGACCUGUUGUUAAGAGAUUGGACUCUGAUAGACCAAUGUUGCCACUGAAGCUCACCAGUAUGGACCUAGAGCAAGUGAUCACUCUCGGCCUCGCCCUUCUCCUGGCUGUGAAGUAUGUCUUCUUUGAGCAAACUGAAACCGAGUCCUCAUUGUCCCUGAAGAGUCCCAUUAUCAGCUCUCCUUCAACUCAGAAGCAAAGAGUAGCAGGAGACUGCUGCAGGAGGGAUAUCCCAGCUCUAAAACCCCAGAAGUUGCUCAAUAGUAUGUUUUUAAACAACGCUUUAUCCUCAUCAGACUCUCAAGCUUCCGCUGACACUGACAAGACGAACAGAGACAAAAAUUCCUUAACCACAGAGGAGACUCAGCCUCCUGCAGCCUUAGUGGAAAAUGAAUCCAGUCUUUCAUGUGGGGAGAGGUCUCCUGCUUCAGGUCCUUCUGUACCACAAAGUAGCUCCAACUCAGAGCCUCGCUCACUUGAGGAGUGUAUGAACAUCCUCUCAGAUCCUCAGAAAGGUGCUAGUUUUCUUAGCAACCAGGAGGUGAUGAACCUCGUAGCCUCUCGUAACAUCCUGAACUACAGACUGGAAACUGUGCUUGAAACUCCGGAGAGAGGCGUAGCCAUCCGGAGGGAACUGCUCUCACCCAAACUGCCUGUUUCUUCUGCGUUGUCUGGUCUGCCUUAUAAGGAGUACGACUACUCAAAGGUUAUGGGUACCUGCUGUGAAAACGUCAUCGGCUACAUGCCGGUGCCAGUCGGGGUUGCCGGUCCUCUCCUGUUGGAUGAGAAGCAGUUUCAUGUUCCCAUGGCGACCACAGAAGGCUGCCUGGUAGCCAGCACCAACAGAGGAUGCAGAGCUCUUUCUCUGAGUGGGGGAUGUCGCAGCAGGAUCCUUGCUGACAGUAUGACCCGGGGUCCUGUGGUGAGGCUGCCCUCAGCGUGCCGGGCUGCAGAGGUCAAAGUGUGGCUGGAGACCUCGGACGGAUUUAGUCUGAUGAAAGAAGCAUUUGACCAAACGAGCAGGUUUGCUCGCCUGGAGAAGCUGUUGGUGGGCUUAGCCGGGAGGAAUUUGUACAUCCGCUUCCAGUCUCAGACAGGAGAUGCCAUGGGCAUGAACAUGACUUCAAAGGGCACUGAGCAAGCUCUGCUCACACUACAGCAGCAGUUUCCAGACAUGGAGAUUAUGGCCCUCAGUGGAAACUUCUGCACCGACAAGAAGUCUGCUGCCAUCAACUGGAUUCUGGGGCGAGGAAAAUCUGUAGUAUGUGAAGCCACUGUCCCAUCCAAGGUGGUGAAGGAGGUGUUGAAAAGCAGUACAGCCACUCUGAUAGAGCUCAACAUCAACAAGAACUUGGUGGGCUCGGCCAUGGCUGGCAGCAUCGGGGGCUUUAACGCUCACGCUGCAAACAUUGUAGCAGCCAUCUACAUCGCCUGUGGACAGGACCCCGCUCAGACAGUAGGGAGCUCUAAUUGCAUCACUCAGAUGGAACCUGGUGGUCCAGAAGGAGAGGAUCUGUACAUCAGUGUCACCAUGCCCUCCAUCGAGCUGGGAACUGUGGGAGGAGGCACCAACCUGUCGCCUCAGCAGGCCUGUCUGCAGAUGCUCGGUGUUCAAGGUAUGAGUGUAGACCAGCCUGGUGAGAACGCCCGUCAGCUGGCUCGCAUCGUCUGUGGGACGGUGCUGGCAGGAGAGCUCUCCCUCAUGGCUGCUUUAGCUGCCGGACACCUCGUUAGAAGUCACAUGAAACACAACAGAUCUAAAAAUAACCUAGCAGAACCGCCUUCUCCAUCACAGUCGGCUGCGUGACACAGACUACAACGAGGGAUGUUUAGAUGGAGAGACCUGAGAGGAUUCAGAUUCCUAAUAAAAUGGUUCUGAAGGCUCAUAACGAGGCGGAUCACACGCUGAAGACCACAGAAAGUACCUGUGUGCUUGGGUCUCUCCUGACAUAUUGCACAAAGACUUCUUGGGCGAUGACAUUAAGUCAUGGUUACUUAAUCGUGCCGUGUUUCUGCACCUGAUGACUGCAGGAAAGUUCUGGAAGACAUUCGAUAAUGUUUUGGCACUGAUGUUUGAGACAACUGUGAAUUACUGAUGAGGUUUAGGCUGGUUAAAUCCAACACGCUGCACAGCUCUGAGUGAGUGCUCUGUGCCUCUUUGAGCUAAAACGCUUCUGUCGCUCAAAGACGAGGGUGAACGAGUGCAGUAAUCUAGUUUGGUUUUCAUCUAAAAUGCAUGAUUGAAACAGCGUUAACAUCCUGGUUUUACCGCUUUUGGGAUGGGAGGCUCAGAUUUUGUAAUUUUGUUAUUUUCCAGGUUUGUUUGUGGAGAAUCUUGAUGUUUUAUCGCUUUCUUCAUUAAAAAGUAACAAAAAGAACCGAAAAAUCCAGAUAGAGAUCAGACCUUUUUUAUUUAAACGUUUGGUAACCCAUUAGCCGCCAUCAGAUCAAGCUAAUGAUAGUAUUCAGCCACAUUGUGAGGAUUUAAAAAUAACACCAUGCCAUUAAAAUCCUUCAUCCCUACAAACAGCCUGAAAGUUAACGGUGUGAUAUGACAAUGUCUGAGCUUCUCACCCUGAGCGUGACGUCACAGGAACAUGGCUGCUGUGGGAAUAUGGUGUGUUGAUCUUUGCACUUGCCAAAAGCUUUCCUGAGAGCGCUGUCGCUGCUCCAGGUGAGUCUUAAAAUGCCAACUUUCUGCCUGAAUGUACGUUUGACGUCAGUGUCGUAGGUCCGUAUCUUUAAUGAUGGUGCUACUGUAUACUGUGUAUACUGUAGGAUGAGGGAGACAGUUUUGUUACAGUCAGAUAACAGGAAGAGGAAAAGUGGAGAAUCAAAGCCAUAUUAACUUAUUUUAGACUUUUUUUCUGGUACGUUGUAACGUUUAAUAAUUGAUCAGAGUUUAAAGCCCCUGAGACUCCAGAUUCAGCUGGUUUGUCCUUUGAAAAAGCGAUGAAGUGGCCUUACAUACCGCACAUCCAGAGCGAAGCCAUAGCAUGUUCUAGCUAGAAUAUUUAAUUUAUAACUGUUCAUUUAAAAAAGUUGUAUUGUUUUAUUUAAAAGAAUAAAUAACAUUAUGUUCC